GCCGUCACGUGACGCCGGGCGGGGUGACUGAGGGAAGGGAGGCCAGAAUAAAGGGGCGGGGAAGGCAGGCAGGCAGGCAAGCCGUCACGUGACCGUCGGCAGCUGCCGGAAAUCUCGCGCCUCUGCUCGCACGGGGCGGCGGGGACAGGGGGGUGGGCAAAGAUGGCGGCGGAAAGGGAGCCCCCUCCUCUCGGGGACGGCCGGCAGACGGAGUUCGAGGAGCUGGAGGACGGCGAGGACCUCUUCACCAGCACCGUCUCCACCCUGGAGGUAAGGCGCGCCCUUCGGAGGGAGCUGGCGGCCGGGGAGGCAUUGCCGUUGCUGCCCAGCCCCUCUGCGCCUUCCUCGCCCUCCCGCUCCGUCCCCUCAGCACAGGGGCAGCGGCCCCAAAGGCCACCUUGACCCGGGUCCCUGGCCGGCGAGGCGCUUCCGCCCACCUGCCUCCCCGGCGCCAGGAUGCUUCCUUCCACCUGCGCUUGACGUUGCGCGGGCCGCUUCCCUUCCCCAUCUGGCCCUGCGUUUCUGCCCCUCCAGAGUCACCCGCGCCUUCCUCUUUCCCUGCCCAGUGAAGUCUUGUCACGUCAGCUCUGAAGGCUGCGUUUCCACUCCUGCAUUUUCUGCUCUACAAGGCAAGCUUCUGGACCGGGUUUUCCCCAAAACUUGGGUUUCCAGCUGCUUUUUGGGCUGCGACUCCCAUCAUUCCUCAGCUUUGCAAGACCCCCAGGGGUCAGGGAUGAUGGGAAUAGUAGUCCCCCAAACAAACCCAAGUUUUGGAAACCCUUCUAGACUGAAACCACUCUUCCCCCCCAAGACUUUAAAUAUGGCCGUAACUCUUCCUCCCAGAAGCUUUCGUUUCACUGGUUUCAGUAGUGGUGUUGGGUGGUAUAUAUGGGCAGGGCUUUUUUCCACCAGCCAGAACUCCAACUUCUGGCACCUCUCAGGUGGGCGCCAUUGCCAUUCUAAGAGAAUGAGGGAGGUGUUCGAGGUGAGUUCUAGCACCUCUUUUUCUAGAAAAAUAACACUGUGAAUGGACCUUGCAAAGUCUGAAUGCCUGAGGCUGCAAUCCUGCCCACACUUAACUGGGGUCCCACUGACUUCAAUGGCGCUUACCUCUGAGUAGACAUUUAUAAGACUAUACUGAAAGACCAUGUUGGUACACAAUAGCUAGUAGAUGGUGAGUACCAUAUAUGCUUAUAAGCAUGUAGCCUUAUUUUAUUUAACUUGCAUCCUGCCUCUUUUACUCUUGUCUCUUGUAUAAAUAUGUGUAGCACACAACUUCUGUCUUCAAAGCACCUUUAUUUUGAUAACUAGCCUAUGAAGUCUGUAGCUAAUAUUCCUCAGGAGUUGAAACCUCUGAAUAGGUACAGUUUAGCUUGUUAAUGUUUGUAAAGCAGCGUGCUUCCUUUGAUUUGUCAGCAGUAAGGGAUUUCUCUUUCCAGUCCUGGCCUUGUUUCCACUGUGCACUUGGUGAAAAACAUACAGGGAACAAUCUGUCACAAAAUGAAGCGUUGCUGUUUUGUUGGACAAUGCUUCCUGUCCCUGAACUUUAAACUAAGAAGGCCAGGGAAAGUUAGUUUGUUUCCAGCUUAUUGCGCUGUGUCAGUGAUAUACAGUACCGUGAGGUUUUUUUUAAAAUAGAGAGGCUGCUUUUGGAGAGCAGCCAUAUGCUUUUAAGUGUAGUAUGAAAGAAAUAGUUUUCAAAACGAAUUUAUUAUUUGUGAACCGUUUUCAUCUGUGCCUCAGUUAGCGCUUCUCACAGCAGUUAAAAAGAGUACUCUGUAGUAUAAAACCCAAGCAUAAACUACAGCAGUUCAGGCACUGGUAACUUCAAUAUUGGAUUACUCUGGUGAACUCUCAGUGGGACUUCUCUUGCUCUUGACCUGGAAAUGGCAGAUAGAGUUGCUGCAGCAUGGCUGCUGACACGAGUAAGUCCCUUUCAACAUAUAACACCUUCAGAGAUCUGCACCGGUUUCCAAUUUGUUACCAGGCCAAGUUUCAUUAGUAUGGGUAUACAAAGCCCUUAUGGGUAUACAAAGCUUGGGACUAGUUUACUUGCUGGAUCACUUUACCCCACAUGUGCCCACAUGACCACUUUUAUCUGCAGAACUGGCACUGUUACAGGUGUCACAUAAUACUCAUUCUGCAGUUGUAAAAAAUUGAUAUUUUAGUAUGGCGGCACCUUGCCUGUACUGUUUUGCUUAAAACAUUUUUCUUUAGGCAAGCCUAUCCAGACAUGCGGAACGCGGGUGGCGCUGUGGGUUAAACCACAGAGCCUAGGGCUUGCCGAUCAGAAGGUUGGCAGUUCGAAUCCCCGUGACGGGGUGAGCUCCCGUUGCUCGGUCCCUGCUCCUGCCAACCUAGCAGUUCGAAAGCACGUCAAAGUGCAAGUAGAUAAAUAGGUACUGCUCCGGUGGGAAGGUAAACGGUGUUUCCGUGCGCUGCUCUGGUUCGCCAGAAGCAGCUUAGUCAUGCUGGCCACAUGACCCAUAGCUGUACACCGGCUCCCUCGGCCAGUAAAGCGAGAUGAGCGCCACAACCCCAGAGUCGGCCACGACUGGACCUAAUGGUCAGGGGUCCCUUUACCUUUACGUAUCCAGACAUGCAGUUGUGUUUUAAUCUUUUUCUGUUGAUUUGAAUGAUUUUUGAAAAAGGUUUUGAAUUGUUCUUAUUGCUAAUUUUAAUAUUUCUUGUAAACCGCUUAGAAAUUUUACUAAAACUAAGUGGCAUAUAAAUUUUGUGAAAUAAACACUGAAAUAUGAAAGGCAGCAAAACCAGAAACCAUUUGAUAGUUGUCUAGAAGAGGAAAUGUGCACAUUUCCACAUGUGUGGAAGUUCUUCCUUUGGAACCUACUCUCUUGUUCUAGAUUAAUCUUGGUAGCUACAGUAGCUUUUUAUUGGAGCAACACUACAAACUGAGAGUGAAACAACAGCAGGAAUUGAGGCUAAUGUUGAUCUCUGCAAUGGAAUAAAAUCAAUGCACUCCUGGUGCUGAUAAAAGGCUCUGACUUGGAGGGCAUUAAGAUGAAAGUACUAUUAAUAUGUGGUCGAUUUCAUAUCUGGCAGUCUUGAUUUUGGAACUAACUUAUGCCCUGAUGCUUAUUGCUGGGAGAGGUGAGGUGGUUGUUGCUAAGAUAUGUAGCUGAGAGGGGCCCAGGUCACCUCUACAGUUACUGCCACCAUCUCACAUACUAGGCCUUGAAAUUCUGCUGUGCCGAAGACUAAAUAGCACUGUGUAGUGUAGACUUGGUCAGACAGAUGCUUCCUUAAGAUUACUGAAAUAAUGGAAAUAAAAAAUUUGAAUGAUAAAUGUCAGCUUCUCUGUUGCUUUGUAUAAAAAGUUGACACUUUGUUAUGUGAGACUAGAUCCCUGACAAUGUUUCUGUGAGGAAUUCAUCAGGAGUAGCUAUGCUUUGCAUGUUUACAUGUUUGUGUGCACAAAGGCAUGGAUUGUGAAGUUGCGUGGAGUUCUGUCUUUCCCGUCUACAGAGCCACCUUACGAUUUCUUUCAAAGUAACUUACUGCUACUGACCAAUUUCUUCAUGAACAGUUUACAGACACAACACUGCCUACUCCAGUGACUAAGCACUGUGCAAACAUUUUCUACAAAAAAAAACACCUCUCAGGAACAGUUCAUUCAUCAUGCUGGUGGUGUGAUUUUUCUCCCUGGGAGGCUGAAUUGUGUGGGCACCAAGAUUCACACUUAACUACUUCUAUGAAGUGCCUUUUACAUGACUUGGGUCAACAGUAGCUACUCCAGAGAAAUGGCACAGUGAUGUGUUGCUUCCGUUACUUGUUUACAGUUGUCUUAAGUCCUGUGGUAGCCUUUUAAUGAAAAUAGCUAAUUGUGAAUCUGGUAUCCACAUGGCUUGCCUUCCUGAAUAAAUUAUACACUUCUACUUAACUCAUCUUUUGUCUUGCACACUUAACUUACUAACUGCUCCACAUGUGCGUUGCCUCUUCUGGGUGCUCUAGGGCCUGCUAUUUAAGAGUUAGCAGUGAAACAUUUUUGGUUCUUGUGCAGCUUACCUGGAGGUGAAUGAUGGGGACUCUCUUUAGCUUCGCAAGUGUGCAAAAUGUCCUACACGUUAGCUAGAAGAACGUGCUGCUUCCUGCUUCACCCCAUGCAUUCUGUCUUGUUCAUUCUGUGCUGGCCUCUUGAAAUCUGAUGUACGCUCUCGUGGUCCCUUCCAACUCUGUGAUUCUAUUGAGUACAUGUAGCAUCUCUCAACAUGGCCAGAAAUAUUCCAUCUCAGUGCUAGAACUUGGGGUAACCCAAUAAAACUGAUGGACAGAUUGGAAUACUACUUCAGGCAAUGCAUACUGAUAGGGUUUGUUUCCACAAUAGAUUAUUAUGAUCGCUGGUUUUAAUAGCUUGAAAAUGGGAUUAGUCAUUGAUAGGCAAAUUCAUUGCAGAUGGGUCUAUUGGAUGGGUGUAGCCAAGGGGGGCAGGGGGGCAGCUCCGCCUCCUAACUAAAUAACAGUCAAUACAAAUCUGAGGCUCUGGUCCCCCUAACAAAAGCCUCCCCCCCCAACAAAAAUCCUGGCUACACAAAUUGUCUAUUGCCACCAACCUGUCUGACUAGCCUGUUCCUCCUUAGUCUCUAGCAACAGCCAACCACUCCAAAUGCGAAUGAAUAAGGAGAAGUCCAUCCACUUCUCUGUUUUGACCUGUUUCUGCUCCAUAUUAAUUUGUUAGCAGUUUUGAAAAAUUGGACUAUAAAUGAUAGAUAUAUGGAACCUCUGCUUUCAGAUGUAGCAUGAUAAGUUUUUGGAGGGUGGGUCAGAUGUAAUAUGUCAGGUGUUGUGCACUGCUUUUGUAGGUACAGUCAUACCUUGGGUUACAGACGCUUCAGGUUGUGGUUUUUUUGGGUUGCAGACUGCCGAAACCCAGAAGUACCAGAAUGGGUUACUUCCGGGUUUCGGCCAUCACGCAUGCGCCGAAUUGCAAGCUGCGCAUGCGCAGACGCGCCGCUGUGAGUUGCGGACACUGCAGGUUGCGAAUGUGCAUCCCGCACGGAUCACAUUUCGCAACACAAGCGUCCACUGUAUCAGGCUUGCCACUGUUGGAAAUAGGAUGCUGAACUUAAUGGACCCUGGGUCUUGAUCCAUUUAAGACAACUUAGAAUGUUAGACUACAAAGUAGCAGUAGUAGUAGUAGUGGCAUCUGUAAAUGAGACAUUAGUCAUACAGUAGGGUCCUCACAUUUGUAAAGUGGUUUGAAAGCUUGAAGGGUCACUUUGAACCUUGCUUUGGAAUAUUUUGAAGCUUGCAAGCUUUUUGUAAUUAGCAGUAGCUUAAUAGAUGGACAGUUUGCAGCCAGAUAUGUGCUGAUAGGUUGUACUCUUUCGAUGAUGCUUUCUCCAAAUAAGUCUUCAUAUAAUUACAGCCUUGAAAGACUUUAUGUUGGGACGUGCUAGUUCUAAAGUUGGGGUAUUUUGCCCCUUGGGUAUUGGGCCCAAGGAGGAGCUUUCAGAAAACAUAGUCAUUUUAGAAAUAUUAGUAAACUUAAGUUAUAUUCAAAACAGUAAGUAAAUAUUUAUGUUCCAAUCGUAUUUAACAUGCGUUAUCGUGAAGAGGAAACAGUUGUUAAGAUAUCCCCUGAAAGGUUAAUGUUUCCUUAGUACAUUGUUAUCCUGUAACUGCUAGGAAAUAGAAAUUGCUGACAUGGUUGCUUCUACAUGCUGUUUUUUUCAUGUUAUGUGCUUGCAAAUGAUGGCAUUUGCUGUGAUUGUUUCAUAAGUACUGAUGCUGUUCUUCUCAACUGUUUGCUCCUUUCAACAGUCGAGCCCAUCAUCUCCAGAGCCAGCCAGUCUUCCUGCAGAAGACAUCAGUACAAAUUCUAAUGGCCCAAAGCCUGCAGAAAUCAUACUAGAUGAUGACAGGGAAGACCUUUUUGCUGGUAAUGUUCUCCCUCACAUUUUUUUUUUAAUUUAAAAAGGAUAUUUCAGAUAGCUUUUAAUGAAAAACAUAAUUUCGGAAGUCAUUACAAUGUACAGUUUCUAGAGAACUGGGAGUUGGAGCUUUGUCAUAGAAGAGAAAGUAAUUGAAUUACAUUUUUAGAACUGCUUUGAAUCAAAGACUCAGGCUUGUGAACAGCUGCAUACUUGCCUUCAAGCAAAAGAAGGGAUUGAAACACUUGCAAUCAGUUUGAUCUCAAUAUAUAUUCUAACAUGAUGAACAUCAGCUAACAAGCAGAUAACAUUCAGGAGAGAGUUGUAUAGCCUUGAAUGGGGUAGCAGUAGACUUUGGCAGGCUUGGUUCAUACACAACAACAAAUCAUGGGUCUUUGCUACAAGAUUGAGCCUACUUGAGCCUCAGGCUUGUUUGCUUUAAGGAGUCCUUUAUGUGUACAAAGUGGAUGUUGAAAGCAUUUGCUUACCUCUUUGAACUACCCACUGUUUCGUCCAAACCUUGGGAACCACAGUUGGAUCUUGGUUUGUUCUCUGAGUUCAGGCACACUUUCAGAAGUGAAAAUCGAAGCUUCUGAUAUCUUGUCAUGACUGAGGAAGUGGUGAGAGGAUGUACAUGAGCAUAGUUCUCCUCAUGCAAACUGUCCUUCAAAAUGGCAAACCAUGGUUUAUUAUGUCUAGCUCAUAGUUUUACUCUAUAAAUAUUUCAGUCUGAAAUGUCCUGUGCUGGCCUACCUGAAACUGUAGGUUAAUUAAACUGAGUCAGUCAGUUAAAUGAGCUUUACUUGUACAUAGUCAAUGAUACAAAUGACGUUUUAUGGGAUGAUCACAUGCUUUAGACACUCCUUUCACACCACUUAAAGCUUGAAUACAUUGAGAGAGCAAGCAGACCUGCUUCUUCAACAGCUGUGUUGCUAGUUUUCAUUUUUCUCUGUGCUAAACUAAUAGAGGGAGAAAAUGCAGCCAAAUGCCCAAGAGCAUUGCCCUAUGAGUGCUCCAGCAACAGCUAUAGCCAAGAACAAAUGCUCUGCUAUGUGCCUGCCUCUCUAGAUUUACUUCUGCCUUAAAGUCUGGAGCCCUUAAAGCAAAGAUGCAGCCCAUCAUAAUAGACGUGCUUGGCCAAUAACAAAUACAUCUUGAGUAAUUUCCUCUUCAGUUGCUUGCUGGGGGAGUUUGUCAUUCAUCUUGGUCAAGGCAAAACACAAGAAUUCACACUCCUUAAUACGUGUGUGUGUGUGUCCACACACACACACACACACACACACAAAAUCACAUGUUUAGCUAAACUUUGUUUCUAGAACAAACUUAAGUAAAACUUUAAAAGCUCAGGUACUCAGAUGUAUGAAAAAGUUAUGUUUGAUUUGAAUAACUUUUGUUUUAAGGAUUUGAAGUAGUUUCUUGCUAUGCCUACUUACUUGAUCGUUAUGCUAUUCUGCAUAACUCUCUGUCAUUUUUGUGUUAGAAAGCUUUUGGGUAAGUGGUUAUUUGACUGAAUUGCCAGUAAUCCAGCUUAGUAGAACUAGUGUUUCAGAUACUCUAUAACACGAGAAAACUGUUGUUAUUCCUAAAUGAGUUAAAAUUCAGAAUUACUUUUUAAUUGGGAAGAAGUUUGUGGCCUUUUCCCACAAUCCCCAUGAAACAUAAUGUUCAGUCACUUAGCUUAACAGCUGAAAGAGGGUGCAUGGUACGUAAAAGUACUUGGUACGUUUGCCCGCUACUGUUUGAUAGUGCAUCACAUUAAGAAGUGAACUAACCCUUGCUUUGAUGGCUGUUAUCUCCUUGAUGUUAGUGGUAUCCAGAGUACAGGUUGUAACUGGCCAGAAUUAGCACUAGUGGAAAACUUGUAACUUACUUUUAACUAAUGGGAACAUUUAAUAGAGUUCCUAAUCAAGCAUUUGCCUGAAUAUGUGUUUUCUAAAAGGAGGGAGGGGGUAGAGCUGUGCAGCCACUGGAGUCAGGCUAGGAUUGGUGUUAUAUUCUCAAACCAUCUUGCCCCAGUGAGCAACCCAACCGCUUCACCAGUUGACAUUUCCAGACCAUCUUCAGAGACAGUCCCACACAUAAUGCAUUGCAGGAUUCUGGCCUAGAGAUUUCAGAGCAUAGACAACAGAAGUUAGGUCACACCUGUCCUGAUAGGAAUGCAGCCGGGCCACCAGCCGAAGCUGAUGGAAGGCACUCUGUGCCACUGAGACCACCUGAGCCCAAGCAACAGCAGUUAAUCCAGAAGCACCCGCUUGGUCUUAUCCUGGUUGAGCUUUGGUUUGUUGGCUGUCAUCCAGUCCGUUACUUAGGCAACACAACGGUCCAGCACAUCCGCUGCCUCACCUGCAGAUGUAAAGGAGAAGUGGAGCUGCGUGUCACCAACUUACUCCAAAACUGCUUAGAAUUCCUCUUCAACAUCCAAAGGCCUAAAGCAGAGCCGGCAGGUGUAGGGGCAUUCCUGUGCCCUACUUCUAUCCCAAACACAUUCAGGCAAAUUCCUAAAGGGACUACAACCCUGACGUUCUCUGGAAAAUAGAUAUUUUGCCUAAUACUACAUUGAGAUCAGGUGUUACACAACAUAGCAUAAAUGAGAGAGAUGGUGCAAUCAAUAAAUAAAGGGGAUUGUGAAUCUCUUGCUGACCACAAUAGUCUCGAAACUCUCUGGGGUUUGUGCUCCUGAUAUACAUGAACUUUUCUCAUUCUGUUUUUAUCUAGAAGCCACGGAGGAAGUUUCUCUGGACAGCCCGGAAAGAGAACCGAUACUUUCAUCCGAUUCUACUCCAGCUGUUACACCUGUUACACCAACCACACUAAUAACACCCAGAAUGGAGUCAAAAAUAGUGGUGGCUCCUGUCGACUUUGACAGAUCCAGGGAAGAGGUAUUGAAUAACCUGGUGAAACACUUCUAUUAAACUGAUUAACAUUCUGUGUCCUUUAAAACAUGGGGUGGGGGAAGGGAGUUAUUGUUUUGAUUUUGUUCCUGUUUUAUAUUGUAUUUUCAGUUUUUAUUAUGUAUUUUUAUGUUGCAAACCACCCUGAGAUCUUUGGGUGAAGGGCAGUACACACCUUUAUAUAUUCUAUGUGUUUAUUAUAUAAAACAUAAUUUGUAACUGGCUUAACUGAUAUUGGUAACUACUGUUACAAGUAGAAAUAGUUCGUGCCAAUUAAGGCAGCUCCAGCAGCUGUCAAAAUGAUUCUUGCAUUUACCAGUAACAAGCCUUGUGCUCAUGCGCUCUAUUCUUACAUCAUUCCUUCUCUCUGCCUUCACAUUGUGUGCACUGCAGUUACGUUAAUUGAAACUCGGUUUCUUCUGAAGACCAUCCGCUAACUAUGGUCUGCCAAUGAGACAAAGGAUGGUGGCUUAUUAAAUCAUGUGCAUCCAAACCCAGGCCUCAAGGGAAAAUGAACAGCCACAUCAGGGUCACAGGACAAGUCUGGGACGGAGAAGCAUUUAUAAGUUGGAAAGGAUUGCAUUGCUGUGUAGUUCAAUCAGAAUAGUUCAGUCCAAAUUGUUUGCGAUCUUAGGAAUAUUUGUUUGCUUGAACAAUGAAAGCAGACACCCCUUAAACUCUCACAGUCGUGCUUCAGUAUAGAAGGGGUUGCUGCAAUGUUUAUAUGAAAAUCAAAGUCACCUCAACUCCCCCCACUGAAAUGUUUUUUGAACUGAGUGACCUAAUUACAACACUUGCUUAGGUUCAUAUGAGCAAUAACUGUGUUGCGCAAUUAUAACUGUUCAGAUGAAUCUUCCAAAUCUGCUGAUUUCUUCUUUUUUCCUUCUUUUUUUGUUGGAAUAUGUGGCAAUACGCUUAAUUUCAUUCUAUAGUAUUGACUGUUCCAAUAACUUUCUUACAGCAAACUAACUAGCUAUGGCUACGGUAACUAGCUAGCAUUGGGCUAUUGGCUCGACCAUAAAUUUGAAAAUUAGUAUUUAGGCUUCCAGAGUUUGUGACUAGACAGUAGUUUGAACAAUACCGUGUUUCUUUUCUUUCUAGAUUGAAGAAGAAGCUAAUGGUGACUUGUUUGAUAUUGAAAUCAAUGUGUCAGAUCCAGAGAAAGUUGGUGAGUGAAAACAGUACAUUGCAGAAAAACCGAAUCAACUUUUUCUGGGUCCUCUUUUUAUAUAGCCCAUCUUAGAAUAAAUGUUCAUCGCAUAAAGAGUGAAAUGCUGAAAGAGAUACUGAAGGGCUGAUUUGUGUGUUUGUUUUACAGGCGAUGGUAUGAAUGCAUAUAUGGCAUACAGAGUAACAACAAAGGUAACUUGUUGUAAAGGCAACAGUACAGAAUUUUGGCUGUCAUGGAAUAUAUAAAUGCUGAAUGUUUUAAAAUUACCUCUUCUGUGUUUUUAGACCUCUCUGUCCAUGUUUCACAAAAACGAAUUCGCUGUUAAAAGAAGAUUCAGUGACUUUCUUGGCUUACAUGCCAAAUUAACAUCCAAAUAUCUGCAUGUUGGGUAUAUUGUGCCUCCAGCUCCAGAAAAAAGUAUUGUAGGUAAGUACAGGGGUGGUUAUUUUGCGGACGGCACAGGGAAUGUGUUGCUUAUACUUGAAUGAGUUGGGGGGGUAUAUACCGAUCUUGUGUCUGAUAGUUGAAUUAGAUUUUGAGCUUGCAGAAAACCUACCCAUUUUUUUGUGUACAGGAAGUGUUCUACAAACAGCCCCUGCCAUUUAAACUUGAUGAAUAAAAUAAAUCAAGGGCAUUGUUCCAUCUAAUAGUGAACUUAGUGCUUCUGAGUCAACAGCAGUGGUUUGCAAACAGAAUCGUAGAAUUGAAAAGGACCACAAGGGUCAUCGACUCCAAACCCCUGCAAUGCAGGAAUCUUUUGCCCAACGUCAGGCUUGAACCUGUGACCCUGAGAUUGAGUCUCAUGCACUACUGAGCUCUGAACAAGGCCUCUAAGAAGCAAAAGAUAGGUACUAGGAGUACUCGGGGGAAUCUCAAGAUUGUGUUUGUAUCCGGUAUAAAUUGGUGUGCAUCCUUUUGGCUACAUUUCUAAAUUUCUUGAAGAUGUCCUUCCAGUCCCUAAGAGGUCUUCUUAAGCACCUCUUGUUGUCAACGUAGUCUUUUCUUUAUGUAGGAAUCUAAUUCUGGUGUAUUUAUUUAUUUAUUUAGUAUAUUAUGUUCUCUUUUUUUGUAUGUUUCUGUUGUGAACCACUCUGUAAUCUUUGGGUGAAGGGGGUGGUAUACAAAUUUAAUAAAUAAUAAAGUAAUAAGAAAUUUGAAAGCAUUAACCCUUCCCAACACAGCCCAAUGACUGAGCAUGUUCAUUCUUCACCAAGAGUUACUGGUGUCAGUUGGAAAAGAACGAUGGAGGGAGAGUAGAUUGGCUUGUUUGAGCCUCUUAACAGCUUAAGGUAUCCAAGAGGAGAGGAAAGGCUAGAACUCUUAACAAGAGUGCUCGUGCUAAAGUGUUAGAUCUAUCACAGCAUUUUGUUUCAGGACCUCCUUCUUGUCUACAAUAGAAAAGCACCCCUCCAUUUUUUUUAAUGCAAUCAAGAUUAAUCUCGAAGGUGAUUUGAAGAAGAACUGCCCGAGUGAAGUCUAUAUGCCACGUUCUUUAGGAAAUGUAAAACCGCAUGUAUUUGCUAAUGCAGGGUGGCAUCCAAUACUUGCUGUCUGUCAGCGGAAUGGACUUGGGAAAACUGAAGGUUUUAACAUGAGAUAGAUAAAUGGUAAACCAUGGACUGGGUUUUACUGAUGUGAUGGCUAACUCACAGCAGCUUUUAAAAUGUUUUUGUUUUGUUUUUUUGAAACUUUUAAUGGUUUCAUUUACCUUUUGUGACUGAGAAAUAAGUUAUGAAGUUCAGUUAAUGAGCUACAUCAAAGUGUAAAAUCUUUUGUCUUUCUUCAAAGGCAUGACUAAGGUAAAAGUAGGCAAGGAAGAUUCGUCUUCUACAGAAUUCGUAGAAAAAAGAAGAGCGGCACUAGAAAGGUACUUUAUACUUUCAGCUAAUAAACAAAUACAUACUAAAGUGGGAUCCUUGUCCUGUGUUGCCUUAAGCUUAGGUGUUUCAAGUCUCCAUAGAACCAAUUGUAUAAAAUACAUUAGAUGUAACAGAAGCUACAAAAGUUUAUUUUUCAUACAACAGUUUAUGAAACUGUACUGUUUGUGUAACAAAUAGGGGCAAAAUUAAGUGGGAAUCUAUGGAUAUGUAAUAUGUAAUAUGUAAAUUUUAAGAGACACAUGCUAAAAUUAAAGCUUCCAAAUGCUGCUGUGAACAUUUAGAAAUGUGAUAUUCUUCAGGUGAUAGACACUGUAGCCAGAGAAAUUUAGAUUUAGAUUUAGAUUUUAUUGGAUAGACUUCAAGUUCGCUAACUACUUUUCACAGGAGUGCUCCAAGUGUAGGCCAUGGGUACAUAACUUUUUUAAAAGCCUGGUACAUCAUUCCCUCAUGCUAGUAGACCAUUUUUUCACUGCAGUGAAUGAAAAAUUGCAAUGUGUAAACAUUUUCUUGUGUAUCAAUUGUUUAAUGGUGGCUUCUUGCCUUCCAAGGCUUACCUAGCAUUCUGGGACUGUCCUUUUUAUGUAUGGGGAGUUCACUAAUGUAACUGUUUUACUCCUAAGGAAGACGUGUCCAUUCAGCUUUUCAGUCGUUUCAAGUCUAAUCCUCCAUAGCAGGCAAUUCUGUUGGGAUUCUCAAUUAAAAGUUACUGUUUAAUGUUACUGUGAUGAUGCAUCUUAUGGAAUUUUGGAGUCCAUAAGAUCAUAAAGUUUGGCAUUUUCCUGCAAAGGAAGAAGCGGGUUGGCACUCUUCUGUAUCUGAAGAAAUCUCACAUACCUGGUCCUUUUGUAAAGGUAAAGGGACCCCUGACUAUUAGGUCCAGUCGUGGCCGACUCUGGGGUUGCGGCGCUCAUCUCGCUUUAUUGGCCAAAGGAGCCGGUGUACAGCUUCCGGGUCAUGUGGCCAGCAUGACUAAGCUGUUUCUGGCGAACCAGAGAAGCGCACGGAAAUGCCGUUUACCUUCCCGCCGGAGCAGUACCUAUUUAUCUACUUGCACUUUGACAUGCUUUCAAACUGCUAGGUUGGCAGGAGCAGGGACCGAGCAACGGGAGCUCAUCCCGUCGCAGGGAUCCGAACCGCCGACCUUCUGAUCGGCAAGUCCUAGGUUCUGUGGUUUAACUCACAGCGCCACCCACAUCCUGUUGUAGACGAAAGCUAUUAAUGUUCAGAGGCACUGUACCUCCAUCCCUGUCCUCCCCCCCCCCAAAAAAAAACAACCCAAGGUGCAAUUUUCGUACUAUUUGGAAAACCAGGCUAUCUCUGUUGGGCUCCUUUUUGGACACGUGCCGUAACUUUUUUAAACCUAGCACUCAUUUUGCAGUUAAUAUACCUGUAACACAAUGGCUGGAGUCUUCCUGCAUAUGUGUUUUGCUAUGUGAGGAGCUGCAGUGUUUAUCCUUUGAUCAAAAUUUGCCCUUUUUGCUUUCCGUAAAUGGGUUUUUAAUAUCACUGUUCUCACUAUUCUCACAAGCAAACUGCACUUCUAAGCUGGAGUAUGUAAAUUAACCAUGUCAUGUCAUGUAUGUAUUAUUAUUUUUAUAUAUUUAUUUAUAUCCUACCCUUUCCCCUUAGAGGACUCAAGGUGGCUUACAUAUAAAAAUAAGAACCAUGUUCUGAUGGCAGAAAUUUGAUUUUUUUUUUUUUAAUAUGUUAUAUUUUAUGGUCCCCUGAUUGAGUUGCCAUUGAGGAAUCAACUCAUAGUUGGGAUGGUAAUCUGAAUAAUUUUCAGCACCUUCCACUCCUACAGUUCUGUAAUCAUAGAAAUCUACUUGACUGGACUGUUCUGCCGCAGGAAGCAUCUUUUAUGUCCUAAACAGUCAUUUAGAAGGAUGAUGAAAUAUAACUUGUCCAUGGGGCGGGAUUGAACAAAUGUUGCAUUUCCCUGUUUUAAUGAUAUAAAAUUCCCCUGUGUCCUGUUCAGAAUCUUGAUCAUCUUAGUAGGAAAAGUAUGCAGAGCUGCUGUGGAAGCUAUUAAAGCCAAACAGGCUACUAGAUAUCAAAGCACCAAUGGCAAAGACUCUUGUGUAUAAAUAAUAUGCAGCUGUGCCUGCCCUAUCAUAAAAAGGAUGUAAUAGCCUGGUUUGCACGACACAGUAAACCAAUGUGUGGGCUUCUGGAGAGGACCCCACAGCUCAUUUGAUCCCCCCUAGUCAUUUUGUCCCAUGCUAAGCCAAGGUUUGGUGUGGCAUGGUGGCUGUGUCCAGGCUUGACAUUUAAGCUCUCUCCUUGAUAGCCACGAGCUGCAGCCAAAGAUUGGUUAAUGCAUUCUUGGAAAUGAAAAUACAGUUUAGUGGAUGCGACAAGCAUAGAUUCACUAAGGGAGAUGAGGAGCCAAACUCCUGCGUCUUGCUUCUUGUUGAGGACCUUGAGGAGGAGGUGGGCUUAAGUGUAGCAGGAGACAGUAUAGGCUUCCUGGACAGAACAGACUAGACUGACUGUCCUUGGCUUUCAUGCGAGCAGAGAAGGUGGCUUUGGUUUGUGCUAGUGAGAAGACUUUUAAUUCAAUUGGCAAGAAUGUGUGACCCUUCAUUCCCCAAACCAGGCUUCCUCAACCUCGGCCCUCCAGAUGUUUUGAGACUACAAUUCCCAUCAUCCCUGACCACUGGUCCUGCUAGCUAGGGUUCAUGGAGUUGUAGGCCAAAAACAUCUGGAGGGCCAAGGUCGAGGAAGCCUGCACCAAACCAACCUAAAUUGCCCCCAAGCUCUUGAGAGUCCUGAGCAGUACAAUGUACAAAUCAGGUUAGUGCUGGAGAGCGGAACACCCUCCCAUAGAACUCACUGAAAGUCUACAGCCCAUUUUGGUGUUUGCCUUUGAAGUUAUCUGCCUUGUGUUGGUUAAAUGAAAUGGGGUCAGAACUAAUGCCCUCACUUUUGGGGUAUCCUCUGAUUUCACCGACUGGGGAUCUAUAUUUUUCGCCAAAAAAUAUAGACGCUCUUUCCUAAGAAAGCCUUUUUUCUGACUACCCACUCUUACUAUUCAUAAAAGCAUUUUACAUUGCUGCUUCAUAUUCCUACAAAUGAACCAGAAGAAUGGCAAAUAGAUGCACCAAGAAUAAUCUACCCUAACAUUUAGGUUGUGCUGUAUUAAGAAUGGCAUGGAGAGGGUCUUCUGAAGCUUCUGAAACUGACUUCUGUGGAUGCCUAGCUGAAUCACUUUUAACUCUGAAAAGGCAGAAUUUUUCCUGUUGCAGCUCCUUUCAUGUCAUUUCCAGGAACACUGGAUGACUUAAGAGUUGAUAUUCAAAGAUAAUGUUACUUAGAGGAAGAAAGCUAUUUUGCAUGCUCCUGUUGUGCAUUUUGUGUUGCACAAACCUGGCUUACAGUGUUAGUUUUCAAGUCAUACAGAUACACAAUACUAUGAACAUGACAUUGCUUAAAUCAUCCUUCUCUUUCCUGUUCAGUGCUCUGACCUUUUGUUGGGGGGGCAGAUGGGUGGGAAGCAGGCAGGCUAUUUGCAUCUAUUAAUUGCUUGCUGGCAAACUUGAUAUUUUAGGCAAAUGCUCAUCCUUAGUUGGUAGUCUCCGCAGAGAGGCAAAGGAUUGAAGGGGCAUUGAGACUGAACUAUCCUCUAAAGUUUAGAGGUAACCAUCUUAAUGCACACUUAAAGCACAUUGUCUGCCUGCUGAAGAAUGGCACUGCUGCCGGCAUGCUUUCUGUGCAUGGCAAACAUUUUUCAGUAUUGUCAGGAACAUUAAAUGUUAUCUAAUUUUUAAAACCAUAGGUAUCUACAACGAACAGUAAAACACCCAACCUUGUUACAGGAUCCUGAUUUAAGGCAGUUCUUGGAAAGUUCUGAGGUAUUUAAAUUAUCCUAUUUUUCUUUCAACCUACAAUGAUGCUUUGCACAAAAGAAACAUUCUCAUCAUAUAUGGAAAUCUGGUCCUCCAGUUCAUAAAUUUCAGUUGUGCCCUCAAAAUAGGAAUUGAAUGACUUCAAGCUACAAAAAAAUUAAGUCGCCAGACAUUUGAUCUAGUGCAAGGCAAGUGAGAGCAUCAAUUUGCUCUGGCCUAUGAGAUUUAACUUGAUUGAUCUCGCUGUAAAAUAGGGGCAUUAUCUCAAAACUCACUAGUUUGGGACAUGGAAGCUAAAUAGACCUGAUCCUUCUACCACAACCAUAUAAAAGUUUUGCGGUCUGCUAUGUAGUAAUUAGUUCAUGGAUAGAGGACUUCAGUCACCAGUGCUGUCAGUCUGGCACCUUUCAUGUGCAAGUGGAAAUCUCUCUUAAAAUCCACCCAACUCUAUGAGAAUGUUAUACUGUACCAGAUACUUCAAUAACCUUUUUUUGCAUACCAGUUUGUUUAUAUUGGUAAAAAGUUAGAAUUUUGCAACUACUUUUAAAAACUACAGUUUGAGCGUAUCCUGGGGGAGAAACCAUGCAUUAGGGCUUACAAGUUUAAAUUUGAUGUAUUUAAAAAGCUGCAGCUUUCACUUCCUACAGGUAGGACCAUGUUAAUUCCUGUGUCCCUGGUGCAUCAAUCACUUGUAGCUUUCCAAAACUUACCCACCAACCACCGCAUCUGCAACAAACAGAUAAUUGGCAGAAGAGCAUAGCUAAACCCUUAAAUCUCAAUGUGUGGCAAAGGUUUUUGUAAGGUUGCCAGUAGUAGGCAUAAGUCCUUUAAUUGGUACUCACUCGAUAAGGCAGCUAUAGGCAGAGGAUCUUUGUAGUCCUGUAGCGACCUUUGCGGGGUGGGAUUUGAAAGUGCUUCGCCAUACUUCUGGGCUACAACAGCUAGUGAAAAGAAUGCUAUGGCUAAUAUUUGCGUGUGUUUUCAGGAAAGUAUAGAUAGCAGUUCAUUAUCUUUGAGGAACUUUUGUAUUUGUAUAGCAAGAUAGACGCAGUGUUUUCUAUGAAGCAUUUUGAGACAGAUUGUUGCUGCACCUGUAACUUGGAAACAGCAGCAGAGCAGCCUUAAAAGCCACUGCUGCGGUUGGUAUACAGGUGACCAGUUAAGGCACUUGGCGGCAUUGUAACAACUUUUGACAAAUGGUCUCUGUGUUCCAUCUAAAUGUAAAGGUGCGGGAGAAAAGCAAAUUGAAAGUCUAUUUUUUUAAGUUUUCCUCUGAGAAUGUAAAAGUAGUAAAUUUACGAAAUUAGGUUCCACUAUAUUGAAAUGUACGAGGGGGAAGAAAACACUACAUCCUUUUCAGUCCCUUUGGUGCCCAGUUAAACCUCCAGCCUUUUAACCGGUUUGUUUGCCCUUAUUUGUCAUUCAAUUCCAGCUGCCGAGAGCAGUUAACACUCAGGCUCUGAGUGGAGCAGGAAUAUUGAGGAUGGUGAACAAGGCUGCCGACGCUGUCAACAAAAUGACGAUCAAGAUGAAUGAAUCGGAUGCAGUAAGAGCUGAUUUUUCGACUUGAAUAAUGAGAUGAAUUAAUGAGCCUCAACAGUUGCAUUUUAAGACCGUAGGAGUAGAAAAUGGGAUAUUAAUUUACUUAUUGGUUUGGGUUCUCAACUGAAUCAGUUGGCUACCAUGUUUGGACCCAGUUAAUUUGUUUCCUGCUGGGGGGGGUGGGGUUGUGGUUUUUUUGGGGGGUUGUAUUUUGCAAUAGUAACGUAAUUUGUAAUGGCUGAAUUUCACUUCUUGCCAGUGGUUUGAAGAAAAACAGCAACAAUUUGAAAAUUUGGAUCAGCAGCUCCGGAAACUUCACGGUAGCGUAGAAGCCUUGGUCUGUCAUAGAAAAGGUAGCUGUUUUAUUCAGGUUUUCACAAAGUGAGCCCUUGCUGAAUCAGUUUCUUGUCAAACAUUUCCUGAUUAAUAAUAAAUAUUUUCAGCACCAGAAGCUAAAUACAGAGUCACACAAAGUGUACAAUACCUCUCAUACAAAAGAUAAUAGGGUCUUUCAGCAAUAAUCCUAACAGCGCAUAUAUAUUUUUAAAACAGGAGGGAACUUAGCAGGUUCUUACACCCACAGCCAAUGAUUUAAGCAGAAAGAUGUAAAUUGGGGAGUGGACAACAUGGCAAUUGUACCCUUUGCAUCACAUCAGAUGUUCCAAGUUUUCUUUCUUCAGACUAGAGUACUGUUUUGUAUCUGCAUGUACUGUAGUAUGAAUUCAUUAUAACACAUACAUUAUUUUCUUCCUCCCCAGGUAUAGUAAGUAUCUCGUCCAACUCAUGUAUGUUUUGCACAGUAACACAAGACUUUUCAAUGAAAUUUGCUACCAGAUUAGUAUACCUAGAUGCAUAGUCAAUGAGGCACACCUGCACAAUAUCUGGUUACAGCUGUUCUGCCUGAGAUUUUAGGAACACCUAACCCUUCUUAGUGCACUGAAGCAGGAACCUAUACAAAAUACUUCUUUAACACAUGUGGAACCAUGCUCAGUUUACCUUUCAAAAAAAAUGUCGCUCUAGAAUUUAGAGGAGCUUACACACCAUAAUUUAGGGAAUUUAGGGAAGCUUACAAAAUAACUUAUUUGUGUCGUCAAUUUAUGCUUUUUUCAUUUCCUAAUUCACAUUUCCUGAACAAUGCAUGCUCAUUUAUGGGCGAUACGUUAGUCACAAUCAGAGUAGAUGCAUUGAAUCAAAGUCCAUACAUUUCAGUGGCUCAAAUCUGAGUUUAACUUGGUUGGAUAUAAACCCUAUAGGUUUAUAAAACACAAACAUACCAGUUUGCAACUAAAUGGAUUUCUAUCAGAGUUAAGCAUUGGGCUAACUUAAAGUCAGUAGACUUAAUUGCAUAGCACAAGUUGGAUUGUGCAUAAAUGUGCAUGAUGUCUGGCAGGUAUAAGUUGUCUUUACAUGCUGCAAUAUAAAUGACACAAUAGGACACCUCUCAAGUGUUUGAUUUCUAGCAAGAUAUCUCUCCCCACUUUCUUCUUGCAAUGAGAAAUAGGUUAACCUGUUUUUUUAAGGCAAAAUGUUAACUUUAAAUUAUUGUAUUAGUCAGAUAUCGUUUUAAGCAUGCUUAUUCUUAAAGACUAUGAUAUUUUACACAAUGCCAAUUAUAUGAGGUCACAGACUUGCAGAAAGAGGCAGGUGUUUUUUAAAUGGAUUUCUUUAACAACUGUUGGCAACAGAAAUCCUUUCUUUUAUCAAAACUAUCUUCUAGUACACAGCAAAGUUUAUGAAUGUUAAUUUCUAUUAAGCUGAAUUACUUUGAAGCAAGCUUUCUCUUUGCUCUGUUGAGCUUUCCCCCUCAAGCCAAUUGUUCUAUCUCUGUACACGAAAAUGCCAUUGUAUGCAAAGUAGCAUUUAAAGGACUUGCAUUUUGUGACUCACAUUGUGACAGCUGACAUCAACUUUAGACGGAUUCUUGUUUCAGAACUUUCAGCCAACACAGCUGCCUUUGCUAAAAGUGCUGCCAUGCUAGGGAACUCAGAAGACCACACUGCUUUAUCAAGAGCUUUGUCUCAGCUUGCUGAAGUUGAAGAAAAAAUUGAUCAGCUGCAUCAAGAACAAGCUUUUGCUGACUUCUAUGUGUUCUCUGAGUUGCUCAGUGACUAUGUUCGCCUUAUUGGUGCAGUAAAAGUAAGCCCGGUUUAAAAACUACUUAAUGACCUUACAAGACGAUAUUUACAUUGAAGGUUAUAGUGUUUGCACAGUACAGUGUUACCUCGGGUUAAGUACUUAAUUCGUUCUGGAGAUCCGUUCUUAAUCUGAAACUGUUCUUAACCUGAAGCACCACUUUAGCUAAUGGGGCCUGCUGCGCUGCUGCGGCACAAUUUCUAUUCUCAUCCUGAAGCAAAGUUCUUAACCCGAGGUACUAUUUCUGGGUUAGCAGAGUCUGUAACCUGAAGCGUAUGUAACCUGAAGCAUAUGUAACCCGAGGUACCACUGUAUAAACGUGUGCAGGAUGGCAUUCUGUAACAGAAAGUAAUGUCUGUAGCUGGAAUGGGUAACCUGUGGCCCUCUAGAUCAGGCUUCCUUAACCUCAGCCCUCCAGAUGUUUUUGACCUACAACUCCCAUGAUCCCUAGCUAGCAGGACCAGUGGUCAGGGAUGAUGGGAAUUGUAGUCUCUAAACAUCUGGAGGGGACGAGGUUGAGGAAGCCUGCUCUAGAUGAUGCAGGACUGCAACUCUAUCAUCCCUUAUCGUUGGGCACACUGGCUGAGACUGAUGAGAACUAUGGUUCAGCAACAUCUGGAAGGUCAAAAGUUUCCCAUCCGUAGUUAGAAAUGUUCUGUGGAUUUGACUAGGUUGUGCUCAUUCUCAGUCAGUGUUUCCCAAACUUGGGUCUCCAGCUGUUUUUGGACUACAGUUCCAAUCAUUUCUGACCACUGGUCUUGCUAGCUUAGGGAUGAUGGGACCCAAGCUGGAGACCCAGGUUUGGGAAACAGUGUUCUAGGUUCUUCAGGGACAGUUUCCCCUCAACAUCCAUCUUGUUAUAUUAAUUGUAAAAUACUUCCAAGUGCUGGGUUUAAGAGAGCAAUCCUAUCAAGAAACUAGAGCAGCAGAUCCUCUACUGCAUCUGAAGCCCUGCCAGUUCCAGCAGCCAGACGAGAAGUUGGAUUUCUCUUUUUUUUUCCUUCUCAAGAUGGAUGUAGCCGAGGUUGCCCCCAUGAUUGGCUCCAUGGGACUUGGGCUGCAGUGGAUUUGAAGCCUCCAGCAUCCUAUCUCCACACUUCCUGUUUCAGGGCGUUUCAUCAUGGCUGUUUCUGGUAGAACCCUGCCAGUGGCACUCUGCUCUGCUGAUAGAGAGAAGAUACUACAUGCCACACCACACCCAGCUGUUGACAUAGGGGAUUAAUUCACAUCUUCUGAGGCUAUAAUCCUAAAGCCCCUAUUUGUCAUUAUAUUGGAAGAGCACUUACAGCUUUUUACACAGUCCUUUGAAUGCAUGAUGAACGAAAUUUUAACAUUUGUAGACAUCAAAACCAAUGGGUCAAAGUUCAAAUUAUAAUAAUAAUAGGUAAAGGUAAUAAUAACUUUAUUGUUUGUACCCCGCCCACCUGACUGGGUUGCCCCAGCCCCCCUGUGCGGCUUCCAACAAAAUAUAAAAGCAAAGUCAAACAUCAAACAUUCAAAACUUUCUUAUACAGGGCUGUCAUCAGAUGUCUUCUGAAUGUCAUAUAACUGUUUAUCUCCUUGACAUCUGUUGGGAGGGCAUUCCAUUGGGCGGGUGCCACUACCAAGAAGGUCCUCUGCCUGGUUUUUUAGACUGGAUUUUUAUCGAAUGGUCUCAUACUGUUUAAAAACUAAUGUGGCAUGUGGUCAGAAUCAAACUUUUACCUGUUGAGAUUCUUGAGAUUUUUGCUAUUUUGAUGGCUUUAAUAUGAGAGGUAGAUGAUGGCCAAAGCACAGUUUAAUAUUGACAGGAUGUUUACCUGUUUAAGUCUAAGAUUUUGUAAAGACUCAUCACUUUUUAAUUGUCAACACUAUUGCUUACAGGGAGUGUUUGAUCAUCGAAUGAAAUGCUGGCAGAAAUGGCAGGAUGCUCAGGUCAUGUUACAGAAAAAACGAGAGGCUGAAGCUAAACUUCAGCUCGCCAACAAGCCUGACAAGUUGCAGCAAGCGAAAGAUGAAAUCAAAGAGGUAAAUUUUGGAAUGCAGUGCUUUUCCUGUGUAAGGCUGCGGUUUCCCCCUCCAUUCAUUGGCUUUAAGUGCAUUAUUUUUUAAUUAAUUUUAAUCAUUGCUUGUGUGUUCCAUUAUCAGAGCAGCAAAUGGUUCAAUAGUUUCAUGCUUAAGUUAGGCUUCUAUGGAUUCUGAAACAUGCCUUCAUUCUGAUGUUUUACAAAGUGAGUGGGAGACUUCCAUUUAUUUGAAAUAAAUAUAUAUAUUGAGACAAAGGUCAGUUGCUUCUCUGCUAAUGCAGUCAAGUACGUACUUCCAAAACACAUAAUCCUGCAAAAUCAUGGUGAAUAGUCAAUGUUUUUAUUUACUGAUGGAACACUUCCUUCCAUAUAUAUAUAUAUAUACCUUUUAUAUAUGUAUGGUAUAACUUCAGUAAAACUGUCAAAACAUUUUGAAGUUAUCAUAAUCUCUGCACUUUUUCUGUUAUGCUUCACUAAGGAAAUCGAAGAGGUAGGAUAACUUAUUUCCAUGCUGCUUUUUCCUGUUCUGGCUGCUUCAUAAGUUGCAUAAGGAAUGCAACUAAUCACAGUAUAAGAAUAUGCAAGUUCUCCAUUUAUGAAACAGCAAAAUAGUUCAUUCUCUUCACCUGAGAGUCCUGUGGGUCAGAAUGGUAGCUUUUCCAACUAUGCAGUAGUGCUGUAUAGACAAGGACAGUUACAGCAUUCCCGAUUGUUUACCUAUGGCUACAUAAUUGAGAAUGGGCUCUUUGAUCAUGCCUGCUUUCUGCUAUCUUAAUAGCAAAUAAGUAUAACGUUGAUACAGAGUUUGGCAGUUAACACUUGUCAGGUUUUCCCACUGAAGGGAGAGUUUGAAACAGUUUGCAAAUUAUGGUUAUUCAGGGGCAAUGGUUUAACAGGGUUUGAUGUUAAUACUAAUAUAUAUUUAAAAGUAUUUACAUGUUUCUGUAGUACCUUUCAUUUGAAAUAGCAAGGUGAUAAACAAUAAGGAAAAUAAAAAUAUAAAAUAUGCAGUACAAGAUAAAACAGCAGCUAGUAGAUCAGAACACUCUUACAAGCAAUGAAAACCACACACUGGUACUCUUGCCUUAGACCAGAAGGGAGGCAUUUCCAUAGAAAGAAGCCACAACUGAAAAGGUUGCCAUGAGACAAAUAUCUGCAGGUUGUGGCAUUUCCAGGAGGGACUCAUCAGACAUUCCUACUUCAUGGUCAGGGUAGUGUGGUUGGUGCGCCUGUGAGUAGCUGGGCUCAAGUUAUUUAGGGCUUUGACUUAAACCUUAAACCUGGUCAGGUAACCAGGGCAGCUCUUUUUAAGAGUGGUGUAAUGUUUGUGUAAUAGUGUGCCCCAGUUAGCAUCAUAGCAGCUGAUAUAUUCUGCACUAUCUGCAGCUUUCUGACCAGCCUUAAGGUCAGCCCCACAUAAAUAACAUUACAGCAGCCCAUUCUUGAGGUUAGCAGUGCAUAAGUUGCAGUGGCAAAGCUAUCUAGGUCAAGGAAUGGUUGUAGCUGAUACAUAAGCAGAAGCUGGCACAAAGCAGUCCAAGCCACUGGGGUUACUGGGGCCUCCAGUGACAAAGGGGAGGUAAAGACCAUUUCUAGACUAUGUCCUUGCUUCUUUCAGUAUAGUGCAACUCAGUGUAGAAUAGCCAAAGUCGCCAGUUCUAGGAAACACCCAAAGGACUUCUGCCUUACAUGGAUUCAAGCACGACUUAUUGGCCCCAGAGGUGGUUUUAUGGGAGCGUGACCGGUUUGACUGCCCUGGGUGCAGUGCUGCAGGGGGUGCCAUAAAAAUGAUCUAGAAUGCAGUGCAAGAGGUAUUGGGGUGGGAUGGGGACCACAAAUAUUAGCAUUGCAUAGAGCACCACUGAAAUUUGAGAGCCCAAAGUCUGCCACUUCCAGUAGCUGUAUUUAAGCUAGGGAUGAAGAAGGGAGCACAAACUCCUGAUUGUUUAGUAGGGCGAAUGCCCACAAAAUCCCCUUACAUAGAUUUAGAUUUGGUUCCCAUAAAAGGAGAUUUGGGAUAUAAGCACCCUUUAGCCACAUAGGGUGAAAAUCAAAUAUGAGCAUGGUGUAGCUUUGAACUCUUGUUAAGCACUCUUAUACUGGCUGCUGUUUGCACUAGCAGUUUGUUGCAUGCCGUUGCAAUCCUCCAUAACAUAUUCUGUACAUGACUGCUGCUUAGAGCACUAGGAGCUUAAACCUGAAGUGAACUUGACAUGCUAAUGACUUGUGAAUUGGUGCCUAAUCCCCUUUUUAAUGCUAAAGAUUAUUUCUAAGUGUGGAGAAUCAGAAUGCUAAGUCUGAUCGCAGUUAAGUUCUCUUCUAAAGGUCUUGGUGGUAAAAGUUGCGUUCAUGUUGUGAGUUCCUUGUAUAAAGUUCCUAUCACACUGCUGUUGCCUGCAUGUGUUUGGAAAGCCUUCCAUUGUGGCUUUUGUGAUGGAAGCUUUGGAUGGCCAGUUUGACAUGCUCAUUGCAAUAUCCACCUAGCUCAGUCCAUCUUUAUUCUUCUGGUGGAAUUCUCUCUGUUGGAAAACACUCUUUGUAGGGUGGACGAUGACCUCUUCUGCAUGUGACACUAAACAAUGCCAUGUCUUAAUGCACAUGAACUAAGAAUCAUGGCUUAGUGGGAAUGUGUAGGCUCCCAGAGAGGAAUUCAUGGCUGCUUUGCUCCUCAAGUUGUUCUGCUUUGCUUAGCUAUGGUUUGGCUUAGUGUGCCAUCUGAACCAAGGCUUAUGGUUUAGCUCUGAAAACCAUGGUUACAGCUUUAAGUUUGCUUCUAUCUAGAGAACUAAACUAUGGACCCAAGUUUGGACAGCAUGGAAGUAGAACCAUGGGUUAGUGCAGUGCAGCAGCCAGUGUUAGAAACUGAGAUAUGAACGCUAGGGGCUAAAUGUCAUCGUAAACCUAGGUUAUGGGCGCAACAACAGAAUGUCUAGGCUUGCUUUUUUGUAACAAGAAUACAGAGCUGAAAAUGAAUGAACUGCAGCUAAAAUAUUAUGUUCACUUUUCACAUGGUCUAGUAGUCCUUCCCCUGCCCACCCCCCUAAUAUUAUUAAGAAGGUCUCUUCUGCAGUCUUCAGAGAGGAGCUGGAAGUGGGGAGGCAGGAAAAGGUCCUCCUACUCUGCAGUUUUAAUCAGAAAUCUUAGGUGCAGUACUGUGCCCAGAGCUCAGAAACUGCUCGUGCUAAUGAGAUUUCCUGUCGCAAAAUAUGCCUAGAACAAUGGAAGUUUUGAACACUGGCAGCAGCAAAAUGUCAGGAGAAGCAAAGCAGCCACAGUCUUUUCUCCAGUAGCCCACACGCUUGCUGGUGUGCACUAAACCAUAGUUUGCCUUACCGUUACAUGCAAAGUGGCCCACUGCCAAAUAUAUUUGUGUGUAAACUGAAAAAAUGAAGUAUUAAAUAUGGAUGUUUAAUAUUAAAAGGCAGCUUCAUGGAACCACUAAUACAUCAUAAACCUUAAGCUAGCGGUGUGCAGUCUGAGCUGCAAUUCAAAAAAUCUGAAGGGUACCAGGUUGUGGGAGACCUAUGUCCUUCAACCUGGUGCCUUUUCGCAGUUCUGAAUGGCAUUUCACAUCAGACUCAGCCAGUAUGGCCAAUGCUCAGAGUAUACGAGCUGUAGGCACCAGGUUGAGGAUUGCAGGUUCCAGGACAGGGUUUCCCAAACUUGGGUCUUUUGGACCACAAUUCCCAUCACCCCUAGCUAGGAGGACCAGUGGUCAGGGAUGAUGGGAAUUGUAGUCCAGAAGCAACUGGAGACAGGGGUGCCAACUUGAAUGGGGGGGCGGGUAAGCCCUGUGUCACAUAAUUGAUCACAUGGAGCGGUGCAUGAACACCAUUUUAAUGGCCAUGCUCAUCAACUUGGGGGGGGGGAAUCCCCUCAAAUAUUUUAUUGUGGGGGAGAUCCCUUGGCCCAUAGGAGCUGGUUUGUAUGGCUGGAGACCCAAGUUUGGGAAACCCUGGCCUAGGGUGUCUGCCACCAGAUUAAUUCUAUUUCUGUGACUCUACACAUUUAUGCUUGGUGUAACUUUGAUCUGACAGGGGUAAAGAGUUUUGAAAGUUAAAUCUUCUUACAUUUUGGGGUUAACUGUGUAUGCCCAAGUUACUAUUGGUUGCUUCACAAUUAAACCCUUUUAAUUUUUCGUUAGUAAUUUACUGCUCAGCAUAUUUUGUGCUGUAACCUUAUUUCUGCUCAUUGGUGCCUUUUCUAGGGACCUUUGAAGAAAGGCAGAGUUUUCCUUUGCUCCUCACACCGUAAUAGAUAUUUCUGAACUUCUGCUGUGUACUCUUGGCUUGUUUUCAUAGGGAAGCAAUUGGAUCUGACAGCUGAUUCCUGGGCUUCAGUUAGUGUCUUAAAAUAAAACCUGUUACAGUUUACUUUUAAGUGUUCUUAAAACCCAAAGCCUCUAACAAUAGCCAAGAGCAUUAUGAGAGGGACAUUAUAAAGGCGGCCAACUUUCUCCAGCCUAUAGUCACUACAGUUCAGUACAUACACAUGUCUCCUUCAAUUAGUAUUGUCAUUUUUACAGCUUAUCCUGAACUUCAAGCAUUGGGACCAAAUGGUAUUAUUAGUCUUGAGCUAGAAUACAUGGUGAAUAAGCAGUAACAAUGCAUUGCCUGUUAUAGUCUACAGACUCAACUGAACUGUAGUGGAUUUAUCAUUAGAGGGCAUAUCUGUUGGCAAUCCUCACAGUAGACUCUUGUGGCAUUUAUUAAAUGUUUAACGGUGAACAAAAGUGCUUCAUGUGUAAUUAUUAGUAAUCCUUAAACAACCGUGAAAAGCAUGGGUAGGCAAACUAAGGCCCGGGGCCUGAAUCCAGCCCAAUCGCCUUCUAAAUCCAGCCUGCGGGCGGUCCGGGAAUCAGCAUGUUUUUACAUGAGUAGAAUGUGUCCUUUUAUUUAAAAUGCAUCUCUGGGUUAUUUGUGAGGCCUGACUGGUGUUUUUACAUGAGUAGAAAGUGUGCUUUUAUUUAAAAUGCAUCUUUGGGUUAUUUGUGGGGCAUAGGAAUUCGUUCAUUUUUCCCCAAAAAAUAUAGUCCGGCCCCCCACAAGGUCUGAGGGACAGCCCCCUGCUAAAAAAGUUUGCUGACCCCUGCUGAAAGGCUGGGUGGCUAACACACAGCCUGCAUCUGACCUGCCAAACCACAGGAAGUGGCCUGCCAGUCCUUAAGAGAUGUUGUUGUUGUUGUUGUUAAUCUCCUGGUUGGUUCUACCAUCUCCUUAGAGAGCCUCUGAUCCUUUAUCCUGAUCUUAGUGCUAAGAACCACAGGGCCAUAAUAAAGCCCUCUUGCCUGCUUUUUAAAGUAAAAGACUGCAUUUUCACCCACCCCACCCCAACAUUGGAGUGGUGGUGGGGAGAAAUGCUACCUCUUGCUUUGCACAGAACACAGUGGAUCUUGAGCACAAAGGAAAACGCAGCAUUUCCAAAUGCAUCCAGGAGAGGUGGAAAUAUUGUGCGUGUGAGAGAGAGACUGCUGUGUGUGUCUGCAUGUCUGCUGUGUGUGUAUAAUGCAUAUAUUAGGCACACCCAUUGAUGGCAUUUGACCCUUGGGCAGAAGAAAGUUAGCCACCCCUGCUGUAAAAGGCUGGGCCAAUGUUAUCAAGCAGGGAGGACUGAAUGCUUCGUAUUUAAGCUUUGUUUGUGCCUGUUCUCUUUCAGUGGGAAACAAAAGUUCUACAAGGAGAAAGGGAUUUUGAACAAAUCUCCAAGACAAUACGCAAAGAAGUAGGAAGAUUUGAGGCACGUAUACAUUAUCAAUAAACAAUGUAAACAUUCAGAAAAUCAUAACGGAGCAAAAAUGUUGGUUAACUUCUUCUAUAUGUAAUUAUGUUUUGUGUUCUAACAGAAAGAACGCGUGAGAGACUUCAAAACUGUUAUAAUCAAGUAUUUGGAAUCAUUAGUGCAAACACAACAACAGGUAAACUUGAUAUCAGUGUUUGUAAUUCAUUUGGUGCGGUUUUCAUUCCUAACUCUGGAUGAAUAAAUUAAAAGAACCACACACACACCCUGCUGCUCAGGAGCUUCUCUUUAAGUCUGUCUCUUCUAGUCUUUCUUACUUGGUUGAUUAAACAUUACUAAUUCAGCAGGGAGCUGGCAGAGAAAUUCAGUGUGUUCUGUGUAACUUAUUUGUAGAGGCAAAUAUCACAUUGCACUUUUGUUUCUUUAAUAAGUUUACAUAAUGUAAAUAUUCUACAACUCUGAACAAUAAAGCUGGUCAUAGCAUUUCUAUUUUAGAGAGAAAGACAUCUUUCCUAAUGUCAGUGGAGCACAGCACAGUUGGAUAAAAAGUAGGCUUGGGUCAUAUGAGUAAUGCAUAUAUUGGGUAUCUCUUAAAAUCAAAGCUGGUGUGUACAUUUUACAAGCAAACUUGGUUUCAUAUUUGUUUGUACCAUAACCCUUAAGAACUCAUUUUUCUUUAGGGGAAGAAGGGAGCAGCCUAGUUCAGACUUUUAUUUACAUAAUAGUUGCAUGAAUAGAAAAGAGUCUAAGCUUCCAAAAGUGAUACUAUAGUAUUGAAGGACUUUCUUGCCAUUUGAGAUGCAGAAAAGCAACUGGUGAUGAUUUUGUAAGUAAUUGAAAUGUUUACUCCUUUCUCCUCUUUUCCCAAGCUGAUAAAAUACUGGGAGGCAUUCCUACCUGAAGCCAAAGCCAUUGCCUAAGAAGAAGAAGAAGACUCUUCCAAAAUAUGAAGACUCUUUGGAUGUUUGUCCCAACUGAGCUAAAUUCCAUAGUGAAAAUCACUUUAAAAUUAUCCAAAUAAACCACUAUAUAUUUUGAAUUUAACAUGUGGCUUUUUAUAUACUACAGCAUUUUAUUAACAGCUGCAUGUCCUGACCCUCUUUGAAGUGGACUGUGGCAUGACAUUCUGCAAUACUUGCUGAAUUGAACACUAUUGUGUCUUAAUACUUGCACUAAAAUGUGCGAUGCAAGGCCAGAAAGUUAUUUUUGUUCUUUACUCUAUGUUCUGUCUACCUGAUCUUUAUGAAACAAAUUGCAUUUAUUAAUGUUCACAUAACACAUUCCUGUACAUAAUCAAGAUUUUGUGAUUUCAGUAAUAAAAGGGAUGUACCUUGUGAAACAUUAAUCC